GGGAGCUGGAGGAUUUCCUGGAGGUCUUUAUUUUAUGUUCAGUGUGACACCAGACUUCAUCAUAAAAAUAGGUGUGUUGAGCUCGUGAUGGAGUGUGUGUCGGGGUGUGUGUGAGUCAUGGCGGCCACGUUGUCCCCGCUGCAGUUCGGUCAGCUGCGCGGUCUUCGUGCCAAACUGCUGCGGCGCUACGACCACCGGCCGCUGGUCUCGUGUCUGUCCGGGCUGUACGGCUGCAGGUGGAGACGCUACGAGAGGAGCUGCACCCGACCGGGAGACUGCUGCUGCAACAAGCUGGAAGGUGUCAGCUUUGUGUUGCUGGUGGCCACUUUCUGCUUGACGCUGGUGUUUCUCUACUUCUGGGGACAAGCGAAGAACGACUACAACGACUUUGACUGGUUUAACUUUGGGAACCUUGGAUUCUGGUUUCCUUGGUCUAUGGUGCUGCUGACCAUCGCUGCAGCAUUCUUCACCUACGUCACUGUACUCAUGCUGCUGGCUGUGUGUUUGUUGUCAGAGGGCCAGAAGCUUUACUUACACUGGAGUCACAAGAUUGGGAUCCUGGUGAGUUUGACUUUCUCCAUCGUCGCCACCGCCGUCUUAUCUGACCUGUGGAGUAAAGAGUGGACGACUUUACUACUUUCCUUCCAGGUAACGGCACCUUAUCUACAUGUGGGCGGAGUCUUACUUAUGACGGCGUUGGCUUGGCCGAUAGCUUUGCAUUUCUUUCGCAUGAACAGCAGAGUGAGGCGGGGCCUGAUCAUGGGGGUGUACCUGUCCAUCCUGUCGGCCCUCUACCUGGUGCCCCUCGGUUUAUAUUCUCCUUGUAUCAAAGAGGACGGGACCCUGGGCCCCGCACCGGCCCUCAUCGGCCACAGAGGAGCACCCAUGCUCGCUCCAGAAAACACACUGAUGUCGUUUGAGAAGGCCGUUGAAGCAGGAAGUGAAGGUCUGGAGACGGACGUCACUAUCAGCGUUGAUGGGAUCCCGUUCCUGAUGCAUGACCACACGCUGCGACGGACCACCAACAUCCACCAGGUCUUCCCCAAUCGGACGGACACUCCGGCUGCCAUGUUCACCUGGGCCGAGCUGGAGGGCCUGAACGCCGGAGCCUGGUUCCUCUCCCACAAUCCGUUCGGUACAGCUGGCUCUCUGGGAGCAGCAGACCGAGUGCAGGCGGGAAAGCAGACCAUCUGCAGCCUGCAGGCCUUCCUCCAGCUGGCAGCUCACAGGGACAAACGGGUGAUCUUUGACCUCUACCGUCCUCCCAGAGGUCACCCGUACAGGGACACCUGGAUCCAACGCACGCUGGAGGUCGUCCAGAACGAGUCCUCCAUUCACUCCUCCCAGGUGCUGUGGCUGCCCUCAGAUCUGCGAGCUCUGGUCCAGGAAAUGGACCCCGAGCUCCAGCAGACGUCGGGCAGUCGUCUCCCUCUAGAGGAGCUCCAGAGCAACAACAUUGUCAACCUCAACCUGCACUACAGCUCCAUGUCCACUGAGCUCACCAGUGAGUAUGCUGCAGCGAACAUCUCCACCAACCUGUAUGUGAUCAGCCAGCCGUGGCUCUUCUCUCUGGCCUGGUGUGCCGGCGUCCAGUCCGCCACCACCAACGCUCCACAGCUGCUCGGCAACAUGAGCUCGCCCCUCUUCCUCAUGAGUCCAGACGAGUACAACCUGAUGUGGAUUCUCACGGACCUGCUGUCCCUCGUUCUGAUCGUCAUCAUCUUCAUCUUUCACUGGUGGAGAGAACGACGACUGUCUUUCUGCUCGAGCAGCAAAAUCACGCUGGACAACGGAACCUACAGCAAGUUCAAAACAGAUCUCCACAUCCCUGUCAGCUGUUCUGGAUUCCCGAUCUCCUGCCUCCCUGUUCACUCUCUCAGCCGUCAAACACAGCUCCCCAUCCCCCUCUCCUCAUCCACUGGAUCAUCUCAGGAACAUUCACCCUCGGUCUUGCCCGUCUGCCAUUAUCUCCAUCCUGGAAACCAAGUUUUGCAAUAAAGCUUUUGAUCUGAGUCUGUGUGCUGAAUUCUGGGUUCAGUCAACGCAGAG